AUGAAAGAACAAAAAACGAAUUACAGAAGUGAGUCCAUAUUCUCCACCAACAGGAACCUCUUUGAGGUCCUGGAGACCAUAGACGAUGAAAAGGAAGCAAAGAGGAGUGCAAACUUUUUUAAUAACAAUAAAAAUAUUCUGCUAAAUUUGUUCGUGAAUCCGAAUAGCAACAACCAUGUGGAUAGCAUUCUGUUGGAAAAAAAAAGUCACCUUAACUAUGGCACGAAUACGAAGAAAGAAGAAUGCAAAAAGGUGAUCGACAAGGAGGAGACAAACAAGGGGGACGCUAAAACUGUAAGGAAUGAUAGCCCCGUCUGUGCGAACAAAAAAUGGAUUGAACAUUUCUGUUGGUUCUGUUCCCUUAACUUGUUGGAUGAAGUUCUAGAGAAGGAAAUAUAUAAGGAGAAAAUACAUCCCCAUGUUUACGAUUUGAUAUAUGAUGAGAAUACCUACUUCGACACGAGCUCCAUGAUGAGUGUGCCUUACGAGUUCGCUCGUUUUAUGCUGACCCAGCUGGACAACAACACUCUACACGAUAUUAAAAUAAAUAAUUUUAUUAAGGAGGAGAAGUACUUGUUUAAAAAGUUUUGUAGAAAGUACAAGGACAAUGAAAAAUAUGGGAAUGUUGGUGGUGGGUCCGGUUCUGGAAGGCCCUCCUCAAGAAGCAGCAGUUGCGGUAGUAGGGGAAGUAGCCCCAGUAGCUGCAGCAGCGGCAGUGUGAAGAGCGACCACAGUUUGGUUUACCGUAGCAGGACAGUUAACGUUCGUUACAGCAAUUAUUUGAACAUACGGAGGGAGUUGUUUAACAGUGGUAGGGGGGGUGGGAAUAGUUUGGAUCGCGCUAACCGGGAGGAUCGUGCUCAUCACGUGGGGGGUAGCCCCCAGAAUGCGAACAAGCUCUUCUACGAUAGCAACAACUUGGGGACCUGUGACAGCACGGACCUGUUCUACUGCAAGAAGGGGGCACUGCCAGACCAAAUGAGCAGCAACAACAACAAUAACAGCAAUAACAACUCGUGUGACACCCUCUCCUUGGACAGUGAAGGGAAAAGCAGGAAAGAGACAGCAAAACGUUCCCCAUUGGCAGCCGUGGGGGACGCACUGAAUCGUAAUGGUCGUGAACAGAUCAGCUCCUCCGUCAGCAACACGAGUAGUGGUCGAGUUGCAUUCAGGGAUAACCAGGCGAGUCAGAAGAAAAAGGUGAGAGAAUCGAACGUGUUAUCCUACCCCCUUUGGAAGAGUCCAAUAGGGGGAGGGAACCGAAAUGGUCUUAACUACCGCAGCGGUAGCGGGUUUAGUGUCGGACGGGUGGCGUCGAAGGAGAGGAAGGGGAAGAAGGAAAGAAGAUUAAUGAGUAGAAGAGAGUUGCGAAGGCGCCAUUUCGCCAAGAGGGGCGUGCGUAAUAAUAUGCAGGUGAAGGGGGACGCCCUGUGGGAUCCUUCAUUGAAGAGAAGCCACUCGUUCAGUAUACAUCGCGUAGACGGAGGUGGAACUCUCUGUAGUGAUGUCCCAAACGGGGGAGGUUUCCCGCAGGAACCGCGGAAGGAUCGCCUGAGCAGCCGCAGCCAAAGGAUAUACAACAAGUACAAGAACAACCUGAACUACAUAAAGCAAUUCUAUUACAUAGACGAAACGAAGAAGAAGCCCUUUCCCCUAUGUCUCUACAACAUUAUUAAGUCGUACGGGUCGAUAAAGCAGUGCUCUCGAUGCUACUGUUUCUUUAACUCUGUCAGUUGCCAUUGUGUGGAGUGCAAGAGGAAGUCAAACAUGUUGUUGAAGAAUCCCCACUACUUUAUAUUUCAACACGGAUUAACAGCUAGUGUGCACGAUUUUCAGAAUAUAGUAAAUCCCCUGCUGAUUAAGUACCCCCAUUUGUUCGUAUACAUAACAUACAGCAAUCAGAGUCAUACAUUUGAAGGGGUAGAUGUCGGCACGGAAAGAAUAUGUACUGAACUGAAUUGUCUUUUUAAAAUAAUUAACGAAAAUAUUAACGUAUCCAUGAUAGGGCAUUCUCUUGGAGGCAUUCUAAACAGAUCUGUUCUAAUAAAUCUGUACAGAAAAAAAAUGUUUAAAAAUAAGAGGUUAAUAAAUUUUAUUACUUUUGCAUGUCCCCAUAUUGGCGUCCACGAAAAUAUGGCCAUCAUGAAAAUUUUUUCUACUUACCUCGGUGCCCACACAAUUGACGACCUGAACAAUAAGACGACUUUGUUGCUGAAAAUAGCUAGCGUAGAAAGUAUUAAUAUUUUGAAAAAAUUUGAAAAUAUUAUUUUUUAUGGAAAUGCUCAAUCGGAUUGGCUAGUCGGGAUAAGGACCUCUCUCAUUUUACCUUACACACUUUUUAACGAGGAGCUUAUUAUGUUUAUAAUAGAGCAGGCAAAAAACGUGCCGGAAAUUCCCAUCAACAUAUUUUCCGUGGUGCAUCUAUACAUGAGGAAGAAGAAGCUGCUCUUCUUUUAUUUCUACCAGGAUUUGAAGAACCCAAAUUAUUUGCUAAACAAACGGAAGGACCAGAACCGUUUCCUCGACCAGAUGCUACAGACCAUUAUUUCAUCGCGCAAGUUGCUCUCCUGCUCGCAGAGGAAGAAGUUCAACAUUUUUAUGAACUACUACGGGGAGGCGGUUACCAAGGAGGACGCAAAAAAAGGGAAGGUGAAGAGGAAAAAAAAGUCCCCUGGUGACGGAAACACACUAGUCGAUAACGUCUAUGUGGGUGAUGUCAGCUCGUCCAAGUCCCACAGCGGGUGCUCCAAGAGGGAAGACAACACCCACCUGUGCGAGGAGCAAACUUCAGGUGACGCCCCUGUGCAGGUGAACAAGAGGGGUGCUUCGAUCCAGGCGGAUGAUAAAGCACCCGUUCUGCACAGCACAAGGGACAAGCCCUACCUGUCAGACGGAGUGAACGUGCAAAAACUCCCUAUCCAUUUUAGGAAGAACGUCAAUACAGGAGAGGUGAACCGAAAAUCACGCAGGGACCUGUACCACUCCAACGAUAAGUUGUCCCCCAUGAGCGUUCUCCCUGACAGGAAGGCAUCCUUUUUCAAGUCGCACACGUAUGAGGACAUCCACCUGGAGAGGGACAAAGAGAGGGAUGCCACGUCUCAGUUGGUGAAUGACACGAAUGCAAACGGUAAGGCGCAUACGAACGGCGAGUGCACAGAGAAGAAGACAAACCAAAUGAGCUACUAUGACAAGUAUCUGUGCAUUCCAGAUAACUACAAAAUAGUUAGUAACUCCACCGUCACGGAAAGUGGGGGGGGAAUGUACAGUAAUGAUAAGGUUAACAACUUGGGGAGUUGCUAUGUGGAGGGGGUACCCCAAGAGGAUGGAAAAUCCCUGCAGGGAAAUCGUCACACGAACGAUCGGUCUAAGAGUAGUCGACCCGCGAAGGAAAGCUCCACCCCCAUCGGAGGAAGUCCCCACAACGCAAACCAAAGUGACACCCAGGAGAGUAGCCAGAAGAAGAAGCUUGGGGACUACAAAGACUUCGAGAAACUUUUCUUCGAUUGCCUCAAGAGGAAAAUUAUACAUGACAUAAAAACGUUGGACGAUAAUUUGAAGAGGAAAAAGAAGAAGACGGACAUGGCUCAGAGGAAAAGCUUUUCCUUGCAAAACACGAUCAACGCGCUGAAGAAUUAUUCGCUGUUUUACCUGAAGAAUGGCACUGAGGGGGGUGACCUGCAGAACGGUUGCCAGAACUACCAGCCAAUCGCCGAGGCUACACUGAGCUUACCGGCGGGGCAAGGCAGCCCCGUUGGCGAUGUCACAGAGGGGAUGCACAAUGGGAAGAGCGAAUCAUGCGAGGAAAAAACGAGAAAUAUAUCGAAUUCCCCACUCUCCAAUGAAUCAAACAAGAAAAAGGAAAACAGCACGCUCCAGCUGAGCGAAGGGAAGAGUGAAGAAUACGACUACAUAAGUGAGUUCUUUUACACGACGUCUGAGGAUAAUGAGGAAGGCGAUGCGAAUGAUGAGUCGUUUGGUGAGGAGCAACCUGAACAGUUACGUGAAGAGUCAUCUGAACAGCCACAUGAACAGCCGCAACAGGAGGAACGCAGCUACAAUCCCAAGAACAGCACCUCAAACGCCAAUAUUGCGAAGAAGAAGUGGAAAGGAACGACGCUGCUAAAAGGAAUUACAAAAAACGACAAGAAGAAAUACAAGCAGAUCCUUUUUCACAUUUAUACCAUUUCGAAUGAGCAACUCAUCGAAAAGUUUUAUAAGAAUCCCGAACUCCUCUACUAUGAGGUUUUGUUCUACUGUCUAAACCAGCUACCCAUUCAGCGCUACUCUAUUUCGCUCCCCAUAUAUUCCAAUGCUCACGUGCAGAUCAUCGCACACCCACGUAUCUGUUCGGAGGAGUCCGCCACGGUGAAGCACUUCCUGGAGCAUCUGAUUCUGUGA